CUGCUGCAAAGCUGAUCUGAAAAGCAAAGCAAACAAACUUUGAAAAUAAAGGGGGAACAGGAAGUUUGGCAACGGUGUCCAAUAGAUAUGGCAAUGGUAGUCGGUGCGUGGCGAGACCCCCAGGACGAUGUGCCCGGAGCUCAGGGAACGCAGCCUUCGCAAGCCCCGCCGGUGCAGGGACCCCCGGCCGGGGCCCCGCACACCCCACAGACCCCGGGGCCCGGGGGCCCUCCCAGUACGCCAGCCCAGACCAACCCGCCAAGCCAGCAGAACCAAGGAGACAAGCAGCAGCAGCAGCAGCACAUUGAAUGUGUGGUUUGUGGGGACAAGUCUAGUGGCAAACAUUAUGGCCAGUUUACCUGCGAGGGUUGCAAGAGUUUCUUCAAGCGGAGUGUAAGGAGGAAUCUCAGCUACACUUGUCGUGCCAACAGGAACUGUCCCAUUGACCAGCACCACCGCAAUCAGUGUCAGUACUGCCGCCUCAAAAAAUGCCUCAAAGUUGGCAUGAGACGGGAAGUUUCUUCUUUAUUUACUGCAGCGGUCCAGAGGGGCAGAAUGCCACCCACACAGCCAACUCAUGGUCAGUUCGCCUUGACAAACGGGGACCCUCUCAACUGCCAUUCCUACCUAUCCGGAUAUAUCUCCCUUCUUCUGAGAGCAGAGCCCUACCCCACCUCCCGCUUUGGCAGUCAGUGCAUGCAACCCAACAACAUCAUGGGCAUCGAGAACAUUUGUGAACUGGCAGCUAGGAUGCUCUUCAGCGCGGUGGAGUGGGCCAGGAAUAUCCCCUUCUUCCCAGACCUCCAGAUCACAGACCAGGUGGCCCUCCUGAGGCUGACCUGGAGCGAGUUGUUCGUCCUCAACGCUGCCCAGUGCUCCAUGCCCCUCCACGUAGCUCCGCUCCUGGCAGCCGCCGGCCUCCACGCUUCGCCCAUGUCUGCUGACCGAGUGGUCGCCUUUAUGGACCACAUACGAAUCUUCCAAGAGCAAGUAGAAAAACUGAAAGCACUGCAUGUCGACUCUGCAGAAUAUAGCUGUUUAAAGGCCAUAGUCCUCUUCACCUCAGAUGCCUGUGGUCUCUCUGAUGUAGCCCAUGUUGAAAGUUUACAGGAGAAGUCACAGUGUGCUUUGGAAGAGUAUGUUAGGAGCCAGUAUCCCAACCAGCCAACACGAUUCGGGAAGCUAUUACUACGUCUCCCCUCCCUUCGCACUGUCUCCUCUUCUGUCAUAGAGCAAUUGUUUUUCGUCCGUUUGGUAGGUAAAACCCCCAUAGAAACCCUAAUCAGGGAUAUGUUACUGUCUGGCAGCAGUUUUAACUGGCCUUAUAUGUCCAUUCAAUAAAAUACUCGAGAGAGAGAGAGAGAGAGAAAAAAAAAUUAAAAAAAAAAAUUAAAAAUUGAGAAGGGAGAUGAAAGAGAGCGAAAGGAAAGCAAAUGACAUUUGGGUUCUGGUUGUUUCUUAAAUUUCCUUCUGCUAAGAAAGGAUGUAAAAGGAUGUUACAAGUUUGCUAAGAGAAGACAGGAAAAAAUUAAUGGACUGUGAAUUUAAAAAAGAGACUGUCAAAUGAACUUUUACAGAAUGCAUUAAAAACUCCCGUGUCGUUCAGAAAAAAAACUUGCUACUUAUCAUUUUUUGUAAAAAAUAAAAAAGAGAGAAAGAAAAAAGAAAGAAAGAAAAAAGAGAAAGAAGAAGAAAAGAAACGAUGGUGGGCUUUUUCUUUUUUCUUCUUUUUUUUCUUUUUUGGGGGUAAACUUUUUAAAAAAAUCUCGCUUAAAGUGCAUUUAAAGGAAAUUUGGAGAAAAUUAGCAGAACGGAAGAAAGUAAGUCUUUUUUUUCCAAAUUAUUAAUUGUCCUAUGUGUCUAUGUACCUAUAGCUGUUCUUUUUUGUAUUUUUCUGGUUUCAAACCAGUUUAUUCUGUGGUUCUAUAAUAAUUUUUGAUAUAACCUUGGCUUCUUUAAAAAAAAAAAAACCUGUGUAUCCUUAAAAUAUAUGUUCUGAAAGAAUUAAAACUGAGUCCACGAAAGUAUCAUAGGAAGAAAGGAAAGGAGAAAAAAAAACCCCAACCCCUCAACAACACAAUGAUGGAAGCGCACUUAAGGUGGUGACCCAAAAUCUAGCUUGAAGCUGAGAGAGCUAUAAUUAUAUAGACCCGAAUGAACCACACGUGUCACAUAACUACCCCCAAAUCUAGGUUUUUUGGUAUUUCGGACAGAAAAAAAGAACUGUGGGGAUUUAUUAUAGGUAGAAGGAAUUUGUGUCCAAGACACGCUACGGUUUUGAUUUAAAAAACAAACAAACAAGCAAAGUGAACUUUUGUAAUUUGAAUUGGGUUCCACAUAGUUCAUCAUGAAUUGUUAUUAAACUCCUCUAUCUGUUUGUAUAUUUGCAAGCCCUUUGUAUUAUAAUAAUUGUUGAUAUUUUCCCUUUUUAAAAAAUACCAUUGAAAUCAGCAUGACAAAAUAACACUGUUGGCACUUAUAGAUAACGUGAUUGAUUCAGUAUCUUAGAGUUUACAGUUUUGUGUUUAAAAAAACUGAAGGUUUUUUUUUUUAAGUGCAACAUUUCUGUAUACUGUAAAAGUUAUAAUAACUGAACUGUUUGGUCGAGUCUUUGUGUGUUAUAUUCCAAGGAAAAUUGAAAGUAUUCAGAAAUUAAAAUAUUAUUUGAUAUCU